CUUAGAUCUAACUAAGGGUUAUUGGCAGAUUCCUGUCCGCAAAGAAGACCAGGUGAAAAACUGCUUUUGGCACACCCUGGCGACUGUACCAAUCCAAGCGUAUGCCAUUUGGCCUACAUGGAGCUGUGGCAACGUUCCAAAGAUUAAUUGAUUUGGGUUCUGGCACCACAUCAGCAAUAUGCCACAGCAUAUAUGGAUGAUAUAAUUUAUGCUGAUGACUGGGGCCAACAUUUAAAUGCCCUUCGAGCAGUUCUUUAAGAAUUAAGACUGACCAGUUUAACCGUGAAUCCAUGCAAAUGUGCAUUAGUCAAAGCUGAAACUAAAUACUUGAGCUUUAUGGCUGGACAGAGGUGUAUUCGUCCACUCACGGACAAAAUAGCGGCUAUUUGGGACUAUUCACCACCCCAAACAAAGAAACAAAUGCAGGCCUUCCUAGGAUUGGUCAGUUAUUACCUCCGGUUCAUUCCCCAUUUCAUGGCAGUGACAGCCCCGCUAACUGGUCUGUUAAAGGGACGAGGUAACAGACCCAUACAGUGGAAUGCGUACUGUUUUGGAAGCUUUUCGGAAAACACAACAGGCUUUAUGUAAGGACAUGGUCCUUCAAACACCCAAUUUCACACGUCCUUUCAUCUUGCCUCUAAUCAUGCCCUGGGAGCAGUGUUAACUCAAGUGACUGACGAUGUGGAAUACCCAAUUGCCUAUGCCAGCAGAAAAUUGAAUCCGCAGGAGCAAAGAUUCUGACCUGAGUAUGCGGACACUCAGCACACCCAGUCCAGCAUUAAUAUGUCCACAGAAUUCACAAGGCUGCCAUAAUGGCAGAGGAUCUUCCACCUCCUCAUCCUCAGUCACUGGGGAGACAGUUGCUAUGGUCCAUUCACCUCCUCCAACUCGCCUUACUCAUCCUCUCAUCCGGCUGGCAUCCAAGCAUCAGAAGGAACAAGCUAACAUAGAUCGGCUCCCAGACCAGUCCAUGAUCCACAUUUUCUCUUUCCUGCCAACCAAUCAGUUGUGCCGCUGUGCCCGGGUGUGUCGCCGCUGGUAUAACCUGGCUUGGGAUCCACGGCUUUGGAGGACUAUUCGCCUGACAGGCGAGACAAUCAAUGUAGAUAGGGCUCUUAAAGUGCUAACCCGGAGGCUUUGUCAGGACACGCCAAAUGUAUGUCUCAUGUUGGAAACAGUAAUUGUUAGUGGCUGCAGGCGGCUCACAGACAGGGGACUCUAUACCAUAGCUCAAUGCUGUCCAGAACUGAGGAGGUUAGAGGUGUCAGGCUGUUAUAACAUCUCCAACGAAGCAGUCUUUGAUGUGGUGUCACUGUGUCCAAACCUGGAGCACCUGGAUGUGUCAGGCUGCUCCAAGGUGACAUGCAUUAGUCUUACUCGUGAAGCUUCAAUCAAGCUGUCUCCGUUACAUGGUAAACAGAUCUCCAUCCGCUACUUGGACAUGACAGACUGCUUUGUCCUGGAGGACGAAGGACUGCACACCAUUGCUGCCCACUGCACACAGCUGACGCAUCUGUAUUUGCGCCGCUGUGUCCGCAUCACCGAUGAAGGCCUCCGCUACCUAAUGAUCUACUGCACGUCUGUCAAGGAGCUGAGUGUGAGCGACUGCCGUUUUGUCAGUGACUUUGGCAUGCGGGAGAUUGCCAAGCUGGAGUCACGCCUGCGGUACCUCAGCAUUGCCCACUGCGGCCGAAUCACGGACGUGGGCAUCCGUUAUAUUGCCAAGUACUGCAGCAAGCUGCGCUACCUCAAUGCGCGGGGCUGCGAGGGCAUCACGGACCAUGGUGUGGAGUACCUUGCCAAAAAUUGCACAAAACUCAAGUCACUAGAUAUCGGCAAGUGUCCUUUGGUCUCAGACGCUGGCCUGGAGUUCCUGGCCCUAAACUGCUUCAACCUGAAGCGCCUGAGCCUGAAGUCUUGUGAAAGCAUCACAGGCCAGGGCUUGCAGAUUGUUGCUGCCAACUGCUUUGACCUGCAGAUGCUGAAUGUGCAGGACUGUGAUGUCUCUGUGGAUGCCCUGCGGUUUGUUAAACGCCAUUGCAAGCGUUGUACUAUAGAGCACACCAACCCUGCUUUUUUCUAACAGGACCAUCAGCUCCUGCUGAUGACCACAAAAUAUUAAAAACAUUGACAUAUAAACAUACAUGGCCACAUACAGUAACUAUCUUCUCUCAAAUGGCUCAUGGGAGUCAACUUUCUUGUAUGUUGUUGGAGAGGGUUUAAAAAUAUAGAUAUAUACAUA